GCUCAAUCCAGCGGGGAGUGAAAAUAUGCAGUCAGUAUUAGAGCAAUCGUUAAUUAGAAUACAGAAAAUAUUAAUCAUAUCACACAAUGUUUUGAGUUCUACGUACAUCACGUAGAUCUUCGAAUACCCAGCAUACGACAUAUCCUAUUACUAAACAAUCAAGUGAAAUUUUCUAGUCAAAUAAAUUACGCGCCUCUUUAAAUCGUGUAACUAAAAAUGAUUCGCUCGGUGUUUGGCUGCCUGGGGCGUCUAUUGCAGUUAAUUCGUAACAAUAUCAAACCUUUGAUAUUACUAACGUCGCUAGCUGUUUUCGUAUGGCUUAUCGUUAAUACCACUAAUAGGCCGGAAUUCACUCGUCACUCGCAAAGCAUAGAAAACGUCGGUUCCGAUAACUUGGAGAACAUCAACCCGGAUCAACGAUGGAGUAAAAGUUCGGUGGACAUAUUCCUUCGCUUACUGGAUAUUGAAGGGAACGUGACGGACCUGGUUGUUCAGAGCCAAGAUGAAGGCUGUCCGCUGAAGGACGAGUACAUCUUCAGUGCAUUCGGGGCAGACACCUUAGAAGAAAAUCUGUGGCAGUACUAUACGCUUAUAGCUCUUCGGCAGAAUCUGGCGUUUUCCAGUGAAGGAGGAUUUAUUAUCGUGCCAUACCUUCCGCAGUCGACCAAACAACGAUUGGAUCAAAUAUUUGAAGUGGUUCCCAUGGACAUCAUCAGCGAGCUUCCUUUCGAUUGCUUCGACAUUGGCAAUGCCGUAAUCAUCAAUAGUUCUACUGACGUCAUCCGUCCCCAGAGCCGUGAUCAAAUACACAUUAUGGACACCGGAACCAGACGGUAUCGAGAUCUAGCCGUUACGGAUUGGAAAAGUGAGAACGCAAUGUUUUCCUUUAGAGCAACUAAUGCGGCUAGUAUACGAUUAAGCAAACUACGCGACCUUGGAGCAAAGAUAAGGCCUGAUAACGAGUCCGGAGUGGAAUUUGUUGGCAUCUAUAUCCGUGUAGAUGAUUCCUUACCGUUUGAUUACUUCUACCGAGCGAUCACUUUCCAGCGGAAGCUGCAUUUCGCUCGGCUGAUCUUUGUGGUUAUCUGUGAAGAUCAUCAAAGCAAACUAUGCAAACGGAUACACGCACCGGAGGAGGAGAUUUAUGUUCAACCAACGAAAGCGAACGAUCCGGCGUACGAUUUCGCGUUGAUGUCUUUAUGCAACCAUACGAUCGUGUCCAACAAUAUGGGCAUAUUCCACGCCCUGAACAACGGAGGUGACGUAGUAGUUUAUGAAUUUGAAGACACGGAUGAAAGGAUUCACUAUUUACCGUGGUUGUUAGCUAACGAACUAGAUACUUGGUACAUGUUAGGAUAAAGAUAUUAUUAUGCGAAUAUAAUAUUCAUU